UCCGCGCGGUGUCCGCGCAUCCCGCCCCCUCCCGCGGGGCAGGCAUGGCGGGGGCUGGCGCGGCGCUGGCCGCGGGGCUGCUGGCGAGGCUGGCGCUGGUGCUGUUCGGGCUGCAGCAGGACCGCGCCAUGCGAGUGCGCUACACCGACGUCGACUACCGGGUGUUCACGGACGCGGCGCGGCUGGUGAGCGAGGGGCGCUCGCCCUACGGGCGGGCCACCUACCGCUACACGCCGCUCCUCGCCUGGCUCCUGACGCCCAACGUGUUCCUCGCCGAGCCUUUCGGGAAGCUGCUCUUCGUGGCGGGGGACCUGGCGGCCGCCGCCGUCGCCUACCGGGCCCUGCGGCGCCGAGGGGCCGCGGCCGGGCGCGCCUGCGGGUGCUGCGCCGCCGCCUGGCUCCUCAACCCGCUGCCCAUGGCCGUGUCCACCCGGGGCAACGCCGAGGCGCUGGUGGCGCUGCUGGUGCUCGCCACGCUGUACUGGGUGGAGGCGGGCAGCGUGGGCAAGGCCGCGGUGUGCUACGGCUUGGCCGUGCACAUGAAAAUCUACCCCCUCACCUACGCGCUGCCCAUCGCGCUCCACCUGCGGAGCGGGGACGGGGCGGUGGAUGCGGGGGGUGACAGAAAGGCAAGGUCCAAGUUUGUGGUGCACAUCUGGCGGCUGUUUGUAAAGACGCUGAACUGGGAUGUGCUGCUUUUUGGGACGGUUGCCGGAUCAGUGCUGGCUGCCUUGACACUUGCGUUUUAUCACCUCUAUGGCUGGGAGUUUUUGGAGCAUGCCUACCUUUACCACGUGACCAGGAGGGAUAUCCGUCAUAACUUCUCUCCCUAUUUCUACAUGUUGUACUUGACAGCAGAGAGCAAAUGGAGUUUUGCCCUUGGGCUUGCAGCUUUCCUGCCCCAGCUGCUUUUGCUCCUGGUUGUGUCCAUAGCAUUCUACAGAGACCUUGCCUUCUGCUGUUUCCUACACACCGCUAUUUUUGUCAGUUUUAACAAAGUAUGCACAUCCCAGUAUUUUGUCUGGUAUCUCUGCCUUUUGCCCCUCGUAAUGCCUAGUAUUAAGAUGUCCUGGCGUCGUGGUGUGUUGCUUCUCUUGCUAUGGUUUUUUGGACAAGGCCUGUGGCUUGCUCCUGCAUACUUUCUGGAGUUCAAAGGAUAUAACACUUUUUUAUUUAUAUGGUUGGCAGGCUUGGUUUUCCUUUUUAUAAAUAGCCUCAUAAUUGUUCAGAUUAUUUCACAUUAUCAAAAGGUAGCACAAGUUACAAAAAAACUCAAACAAUGGUAAUAAACAAAACAAAAUCCCGAAACAGCCCUUCUGUCCUUGACAAGUCAUUACAUACCACCAGCACUUCGUUUAACUAAAUGUAUGUGCCAGUUACUAAAAUACAUUGUAUGUAAACGGUAUAUUUCAGGGCGGUGAGGGCACUGAUUGGCCUCAGUUGCCCUGAGCAGUCCCAGUCCUGCCCUGAGCGGUGUCUGCCGGUGUACCUGUCUCCCCUGAGGAUCUUGAAACUGUUGCAACCUUCUCUCCAGCACUGUGUCCAAGCCCUGUGUCCUGCUGCUGCUGACUGGACUCCGUGGAAGUAUCCAGGACCAGUUCAUCAUUUUACCGUGUCUGGGACUGUGAGUGGACUCUGUUAACCCAUCUCCCCUGACUUGUUUUCACCUGCCAUCUCCAAAGACAGUGUGACUGUGCUUGGUCUGUGACAGUAUGGCCUGUGCUGGAAUCACCCUCAGUUCCUGCUCAUACUCUCUCAUGGAGCAGCCCUGGCACCCUUAUUCUUACUCUCAAUAUUAGUUUGCUUGUUGAGGACUGUGGCCUCUUCUAGAAUAAGACAAUAAAUUAUAAAGGAAUAUUGGAGUUUGACAGUUUUGUACAUUCCACUAAGUCAGCGAGGUGUUUUACAAGGGCUAAUAAUGAAUGAAUAUAAGGCAAUCACUGAAUAUGUACACUGGAAUUUAUUUUUUCUUUUGUUUUCACAGUUACGUUUUAGCUAUGCAGCGUUUGUGGCCUGUACCUGGUCUUUAUUUGGAGAAGUAGUAAACAAUGGUUAUUUCAUAC